AUUUGGAUUUUGGUUCUCUUCCUCAACAUACCGUCCCAUGCUGAGUCCAGUUAAAAUUUAAACUAUAAUUAGAUUUAGAUCCAGCUGGGUUCUCUUGCGACUCAAAGAAGUGUCUGAUUCUCAGUUUCUGUCUCCAUGGAUUCCAAAUCCUCUCCUGUGGAGAUGUUUUUCUUUCCCUUUGUAGGAGGUGGCCACCAACUUCCCCUAAUAGACAUGGCCAGAAUGUUUGCCGCGCACGGUGCCAACUCCACCAUCAUCACCACCCCAAAGCACGCCCUCUCCUUCCAAAAUUCCAUCCUACGCGACCAACAAUCUGGCCGUACAAUCUCCAUCCACACACUCCAGCUACCAGAAGGGGUCGAUAUAGCUGAUACCAACAUGUCUGCACAAAUCAUGACAGACACCUCCAUACUCCAAGAACCUCUGAGGAACUUACUGCUCCAAGCCAGACCUGACUGCAUCAUCCACGACUUCGCCCACCGCUGGGCGGCGGAUGCUAUUGACAGCCUUGGAAUUGGGAUUCCGAGAAUCAUCUUCAGCGGCAGCGGCUGCUUUGCUCACUGUGUGCAGCAAAAUAUGUUCAAGUUCAAACCAUAUGAAAAGGUGGAUUCGGAUUACGAGCCUUUUGUUGUCCCGGAUCUUCCCGAUCGGAUUGAAUUGACGAGAUCUCAGCUUCCCAUGUUCGUAAUCAACGGCGGGGGUCCUAAGAGGAAGAAUUUAUUCAACGAUGGAAAUUUCGGGUCUGUGGUAAAUAGUUUCUAUGAAUUGGAAUCGGCUUAUGUGGAGUAUAUGAAGGAAUUGGGGGACAAGGCGUGGCUCGUCGGACCGGUGUCGUUAUGCAACAGAGACGUCGCCGAUAAAGCUGAAAGAGGGCAAAAGGGCUCCAUUGACGAGCAGAGCAUUCUGAACUGGCUUAAUUCCAAAGAACCCCAUUCAGUACUUUACAUCAGCUUCGGGAGCGCAGCUCGGUUACCUCCAGAACAGCUACUCGAGAUCGCAUACGGUCUCGAAGCUUCCGGUCACACGUUCAUUUGGGUGGUCGGAAAAAGCUUCAAAUCGGAGGGGGAAAACGAAGAAAAUUGGCUUCCGAGUGGAUUUGAAGAGAGGAUAGAAGAAUCAAAGAAAGGAAUAAUAAUCAGGGGAUGGGCGCCGCAGUUAUUGAUUCUAGAACACGGCGCGGUGGGAGGGUUCUUGACCCACUGCGGAUGGAACUCGACGUUGGAAGGGGUGAGUGCUGGGGUUCCGAUGAUUACUUGGCCACUAUCAGCAGAGCAAUUUUCAAAUGAAAAAUUAAUCGUCAAUUUGUUAAAGAUUGGAGUCAAAGUGGGGAGCAUGCAGUGGGGACAAUCGUGGGGCACGACGCCAGGUGAGGCCGUGGGGAGAGAAAAGGUUGAGGCGGCGGUGAGGAGGCUGAUGGAUGAAGGUGAUGAGGCUGCAGAGAUGAGGAGAAAAGCGAAAGAGCUUGCCGAGAAGGCAAAGCAAGCCGUGGAACAUGGUGGGUCCUCGUAUAAGAAUGCCGAAGCUUUGAUUCAGGAGUUGAAGACUCGCCGGAGACCGGAAACCUCAACUCAGUGAGAUUACUGCAAUUCCCUGUAUGGACGGAUCGAAACUUCUUUCUAAAAAGACCUAUACGUCGUCGUUUGGGCCAUUUUCCCCACACAAGCAUAUAUCCAUUUGAGCUUUAGACUGGUGAGCUCCGGCUGCUCUACAACUCUGUCUUUGCUUUUGUAUCUCAUAUUGCAAUACUAAAAGAGUUGGUUUUUGAAGUUAUUGUACCCAACAUUUGCAAAUUAAAGAGGAGAAUCAGAUUUGCUUCUUCUAUCCAGGUAUUUUCCUCUUUGUUUUGCUUGGCUAUUUGGGACAGGAGGACUGAGCUUGGACUUCUCAGUGAAAGUCAAUGGUCAGUCCCAUUCACCUCAUGUAACAAAUUUUGAGAUUGCUUAAUUUGGAGGCUUUGUUUAAUCUCAGUCUCAUUUCAUGUUUUUAUUAUUGUGUAUGGAUUGAUUGUGGUGGUUUAGGUUUAAUUUAGCAAAGCCUUGUUUACAAAUUGUGUUUUCCAAUAAAAUUGCUCUGGUAAA